GUGACAGAUAAACAUGCCUGAACCGUCUAAGCCAGCGCCCAAGAAGGGCUCCAAGAAAGCGGUGACCAAGAGCGCCGGAAAGGGCAGCAAGAAGAGGAGAACCAAGAGAAAGGAGAGCUACGCCAUCUACGUGUACAAGGUGAUGAAGCAGGUCCAUCCCGACACCGGCAUCUCGUCCAAGGCCAUGGGCAUCAUGAACUCGUUCGUCUGCGACAUCUUCGAGCGGAUCGCCGGCGAGGCCUCCCGCCUGGCUCACUACAACAAGCGCUCCACCAUCACCUCCAGGGAGAUCCAGACCGCCGUCAGGCUGCUGCUGCCCGGUGAGCUGGCCAAGCACGCCGUGUCCGAGGGCACCAAGGCCGUCACCAAGUACACCAGCUCCAAGUAAAGCGUAACACCAACUCAACGGCUCUUUUAAGAGCCACACACGUCAUCUGCAGAGCUGCUGGUCCACAUUAACUGUGUGGAGGCUUCAUUUUGACAUACAACUUCGGAAACUCAGAUUUUCACAUCAGCAAACCUGCAAACACUGAUCUUCCUACCUCAGCUCUUGUGUGUGUGUGGAGGGGAGGGGGGACAGUCAUUAAAUAUUUGUACUGGAUGAUAAAAAUGACCGUAUUGAAGACUGAAAAUGAUACUGGAUGAAGAAGCCUGCUGAGCAAUCAGAGGGAGACAGCCUGUUUUUCUUUAUUUUCAUUGUAAAUAUUUAAUGUUAGUUGACAGAAGCACUUUGGGCUCAAAGCCUAAGAUCAGAGUUUUAUUUGUCACAUGCACAGUUAUACAGAGUAUAAUGCCUCAUGGUUACACUAUUUUUUUCAGGCAAAGUGACACAUUUUUAUUGCUUUGAUCCUAAAUAUGCAGAUUUGCUGUUUUCUCAUUGUCAUGUAAGGUUGUUAAUGUAAAAGUUAGCUCACAGAAGCACUGUCUGCUUUAAGCCUCAUAGUUAGGUUUUUUUUUUUUAACAAAAUGUCCAAUAUCUGUUGGUUUCACAGGUAUGGAUUUGUUUUUGUUUAUUUGAGUAUGUAAAUAUCAAUAUGUUGUUCCAAAGAUUUUGCUGGACAGAAGAAGCACUUGGCACUCUUUGAAGCUGGAAAAAUGAAUUGUUUCUUUUUUAAAUUUUGAAGUAAAAAAUAGAUUUGCAUAUUUA